AUGGCUUUCUUUAACAGUCUGUACUUGGCUCUGCUCUCCACGGUUUUUUGUCUGGUCGCGGGUCAGAAUGGUACCACUAACUCAUCGACAUACGAUGUACUCGAUUAUGUUGAUCAAUUGAUUGGAAGUAGUAAUGGAGGAAAUGUGUUUCCUGGUGCAACAGUUCCUUUUGGAAUGGCGAAAGCUGUAGCAGAUACGAAUUCUGGUAGCAACCAGGGUGGUUUCACGACUGAUGGUAGCAAUAUCACUGGGUUUUCUAGUAUGCAUGAUUCUGGAACCGGGGGUUCUCCAUCUCUGGGGAACUUUGCACUAUUUCCUUAUGCCGAAUGCAAGGGAGAUACUGUAGACGGAUGUACUUAUCCAAAGAAAUCAAGAGCCACCCCUUUCGUUGCAGAUUCAGUCAAGGCAUCUCCUGGAUAUUUUGGACUUACAUUAUCCAGUGGUGUUGCUGUAGAUAUGACGACAACACAACAUACGUCAUUGUUCAGAUUCAAAUUCCCAACCACUUCGAAUGGAAAUGCUUCCAGCCCAUUGAUCUUGAUGGAUUUGACGGACUUAUCUGACUCUCGUCAAGAUAAUGCCAGCGUCUCUGUUGAUGCUACUACUGGAAGAAUGACGGGGAAUGGCAAAUUCUUGCCUAGUUUUGGCAGUGGAAAUUACGUUCUGUACUUUUGUGCAGACUUUUCAGGUGCUUCCAUUCGAGACAAUGGUAUAUUUGUCAACAGCCGUGCUAGUGCUGAUGUCAAGGAUCUCAAAAUUUCACGUUCAAUAAAUGGCUAUCCUCUUCCAGGAGGAGCAUUUGUUCGUUUCCAGUCACCCGGCGAUGGAAUUUUGGCACGUGUUGGUGUCAGCUAUAUUAGCAGCGAUCAAGCAUGUGCAAAUGCUGAAGCAGAAAUUCCAGAUUUCGACUUUGCUGCUGUACAAAAUGCGGCAGAGACUACCUGGCGCAACAAGAUCUCCCCCAUUAAAGUUUCGACGGCAGGAAUCGAAUCUUCGAUUCUGACAAACUUUUACAGUGGAAUUUAUAGGACGAUGGUCAAUCCACAAGAUUAUACCGGUGAAAAUCCGUUGUGGCAGAGUGAUGAACCCUACUUUGAUUCCUUCUACUGCAUUUGGGACUUGUUCCGUUCUCAGACACCAUUCUUGACAGUGUUGGAUCCUUCCACUGUGGCUAGAAUGGUUCGUUCGCUCAUCGAUACAUAUGUUCACGAAGGAUGGCUUCCUGAUUGCCGUAUGAGUCUAUGUAAAGGAUUCACACAAGGUGGUUCAAAUGCAGACAAUAUCCUCGCCGAUGUUUACAUUAAAGGCAUUACUGAAGGUAUAGAUUGGGAUCUUGGCUACGAGGCUGUCGUCAAGGAUGCGGAAGUCGAACCUUACGAUUGGUCAAGUGAGGGACGGGGCGGUCUAGAUUCAUGGAAAGCCCUUGGAUAUAUACCCGUUCAAGAUUUUGACUACAAGGGCUUCGGUACCAUGACACGAAGUGUCUCCAGAACGCUAGAAUAUAGCUACAAUGAUUUUGUGAUUGCAAGCAUGGCUUCUGGUCUAGGAGGCCACGAAUCAGAUGUCCAGAAGUAUCUUGAACGCAGCGAAAAUUGGCAAAAUCUAUACAACGAUGCGCAAACAUCAUAUCUCGCGAAUGGUACUAAUACAGACUUCAAAGGGUUCUUCCAACCAAAGUAUCUCAAUCAAACAUGGGGACUGCAAGACCCUUUAAAGUGCAGCAAUAUAGACAAAAAUCCCAAUAGUGUUUGCUCAUUGCAAAACUCGGGUGCCGAAACUUUUGAAAGUAGCAUUUGGGAAUAUUCAUUUUUCGUACCCCACGACCAAGCAAGCCUCGUCACCACUUUUGGAGGGCCCGCAGCGUUUGUAAAACGUCUAGACUAUCUCCAUGACAAUAACAUAACAUACAUUGGAAACGAGCCCGCUUUCCUCACCGUCUACCAAUACCAUUACGCCGGGCGUCCGGCCCUCUCGGCUCGUCGCUCCCACUUCUACAUCCCAUCGUUCUUUGCCCCCACAAACGAUGGACUGCCAGGUAAUGAUGAUUCUGGUGCUAUGGGCUCCUUUGUCGCUUUCAGUAUGAUGGGACUCUUCCCCAAUCCAGGCCAGGAUGUCUAUCUUAUCAUCCCUCCAUACUUUGAAUCUGCGUCCAUUACUUCUCCUCUCACAAACAAAACCGCGACCAUCAGAAACAUCAAUUUUGACCCCUCAUAUAAAAAUAUAUACAUCCAAUCAGCAACAUUGAAUGGAAAACCUUAUACAAAGAAUUGGAUCGAUCAUAGCUUUUUUACGGAAGGAAAAGAGUUAGUUCUGGUAUUGGGAAGCAGUGAGAGUAGUUGGGGAACACAAAUCAGUGAUUUGCCCCCAAGUCUAGGUGAGUACGUGGGUUAUAAUGGGACAGGAAAUAACACGGCAAGUGGACAGCCGGUUGCUGGAUUGGCAAGGAGAGCGGUAAUUUUUGAUGAGAGGGUCGUGCCGGCUAGUGGGAAUGAGUUGGGAGCUAAGACUGGGGGCAGUUAUUGGGCGGAAGCGGCAGGUUAG